AUGAUGUCUAAAUCAAUAAAUCUAGCCUUGUUCUCUAUUCAAAAGAAUAAACAAUUAUUAUUUAAGGUAAGAGUCAAAUUGAAAGAGAAAUUGGAAAAAUUGAAAAAAAAGUUAAGAAAGAAGAAUUCUUAAUCAAUUCACAAUAACUUGAAAUGUCUAUAGAAUUAUAAAGAAAAGUAAGUUGAAGAAUUAAAUCUAGAUGAUAUUUAACAAAAUGCUUCAAAAUGUAUAUUAUUAGAUUAGAGAUAUUAAAGAUAAAGAAAUCAAUUUAUCAAAUAGAUUUAUAGAAUUCUCAUAAUUAAGCUAGAAAUUUAAUCAAAAAUGCCUUUUACUUUCAUCCAGAAUAUCUUAGAAAUUUCAGUAUUCAAAAAGUCUCUAAUAGUUUAUUCAACUAUUCAUUCAAUUAAAAUAAGGAUUUAACUCUAGAGUACACAGCUAAAUAAAUCUAAUAUAUUUAUGUAAAGUUUAAUAAUCAAAUAAGUACUAGUCAUAAUGAAUUUUUUAUGUAGGAUAGUUAACAAACAAUAAACUACCUAGUAUAUGUAUAUAUAAAUGUAGACAAUUUGA